AUGACGAUGCUCCUGGACGGAGGCCCGCAGUUCCCCGGGCUGGGAGUGGGCAGCUUCGGCGCGCCGCGCCACCACGAGAUGCCCAACCCCCCCGGCUACCUGCUCUUCCCCGGGCUGCAUGAGCAGAGCGCCGGGCACCCGUCGCCCACCGGGCACGUCGACAACAACCAGGUCCACCUGGGGCUGCGCGGGGAGCUGUUCGGUCGCGCCGACCCGUACCGCCCGGUGGCCAGCCCGCGCACGGACCCCUAUGCAGCGGGCGCGCAGUUCCCCAACUACAGCCCCAUGAACAUGAACAUGGGCGUGAACGUGGCGGCCCACCACGGGCCCGGCGCCUUUUUCCGUUACAUGAGGCAGCCCAUCAAGCAGGAGCUGUCGUGCAAGUGGAUCGACGAGGCUCAGCUCAGCCGGCCCAAGAAGAGCUGCGACCGGACCUUCAGCACCAUGCACGAGCUGGUGACACACGUCACCAUGGAGCAUGUGGGGGGCCCGGAGCAGAACAACCACGUCUGCUACUGGGAGGAGUGCCCCCGCGAGGGCAAGUCCUUCAAGGCGAAGUACAAACUGGUCAACCACAUCCGAGUGCACACGGGCGAGAAGCCCUUCCCGUGCCCCUUCCCGGGCUGCGGGAAGAUCUUCGCGCGCUCCGAAAACCUCAAGAUCCACAAGAGGACCCACACAGGUGAGAAACCUUUCAAAUGUGAAUUUGAAGGCUGUGACAGACGCUUCGCUAACAGCAGCGACCGCAAGAAGCACAUGCAUGUGCACACCUCGGACAAGCCCUAUAUCUGCAAAGUGUGCGACAAGUCGUACACGCACCCGAGCUCCCUGCGCAAACACAUGAAGGUUCAUGAAUCUCAAGGGUCAGAUUCCUCCCCUGCUGCCAGUUCAGGCUAUGAAUCUUCCACUCCACCCGCUAUAGCUUCUGCAAACAGUAAAGAUACCACUAAAACCCCUUCUGCAGUUCAACCUAGCACCAGCCACAACCCUGGACUUCCUCCCAAUUUUAACGAAUGGUACGUCUGAGGACACACACAAACCCUGUUAUCCAUAGAAUGGACCAAAUGCAUAUUAAAAAGAAAACUGAGACCAAUCAGAUGGAAAUGGCGUUGUAAGGCAAGCAGCCACAUACAGGGCUACAUCUUGUUCAUUGCAGUUAUCCAGGAAGGUUUGGGGCAAGAUCCAAAAGUAACCAUGCCCUUUUCUCAGGAUUAGAAAACAUGUUUCGGCAUUUGAAGGAUUGGAAAAAAAAAUCUUUAAACUGCUUCCCCCCCCCUUCUCUGCUCUCUGCCCACCCCCUCCCUAAAUGCCUGCAAUUCAUUUUAACACUUGUCCUAUAUCUUGAGAGGAAGUUAGAGCAGGUUUGGUGGUGGUGCUCAUGUUAAACUGAUGAAAAUUAUUCUUCGCCUUAGUGGUGACUGUUUAAACGCUCACAGUCAGUCUUAAACCGUGCCAAAGUCCUGUUAUGUCUUGAACUUUUCCUCAUAGCAUUACACUUGUGAAUGUAUUUUUGUCUCAUGGGGUCGAAACUGUUGUUCAGCAUUUUUGCGGGCUGAGGAUGUGAUGUUACUCCACACAGAUUGUGACGUUUAGUAUGCAGCUGCCUUUUGUAAUAACUUUUUUUUUUUGUAAAUACAUAUCCAUUGAUGCCAUAUUUAUCAUUUGUAAUUUAAUUAUUGCUACAAGUGCCGGGAACUGAACAAUAUUUAUGGAUAAAUGUUUUCUAACAAAUUCUGUACAGCUUUUGAUUAUAACUGCUUUAGCAUUAAAAUUUUAUUGUUUUGAAAGAAGAACACAAUUUCCCAUUUUUGAACCACUGACUCCUCCUUUCUCUUGUUUUGUAACAGCCUCCUCCUACAAAGAGGAGACGGGAGCAAACUAAGUCUUGUUUGUUGGUAUUUAUAACUCACUCAGAUCCCUUUUUAAAUUGUUAAAUUAUUUUUCUAUUACCGUCUAGCUUCUGUACAGUGUCAGUUUCCAUCUUUAGCUCAGAUGGUUGUUUAACUGCGAGUUUAAGUGUGUUUGUCCUGGAUUUUCGGCAUGCAAAUCAAAUGUUACUGAUCAAUUCAGUUAGUGGCCAUGACAUCUCAAUCUUGUACUUCAAAGACUGAGAAGCUGGAUUUAAUCAUCCCUGCCUACAUAUGUAAACAUAAGGUAACCUAAUGAGUUUUAUGUCCCUUAGUUCUUUAUUACCUUACAUAAAAACGAACAUUGUGGCAGGAUGCAUGUCUGUCGAUUCUAUCUAGAGGUCACCCAUAUACCUAUAUAUGUUUGUAUCUAUGACUUAUCUAAUCUGCCUAUCCAAUCUAUCUAGCUGUCUAUAUAUUUUCAAAAGAUGGCGUAUGUCUGGAACAUUGGCAAUGAGUAAGGCCAGUUGAGCAGUGCUUACUUAUGGUUAAAGUGCUUCUUAAAAGAACCCUAGUCCAUUUACAAUUUCUCAAAGCAAAGACUGAUUUGUUUUGCUGUAUAUAGUUCAAUUCAUAAUUAUCACAAUUAUUCAUAACAUUUAUAUAGCAGUGUAAUAACUGCAGCGGUUCUGAAAUACUAUGGAAAGGAAAACAUUUGCAAAAUAUGUAUUUUUCAAAGUUCGUGGUUUGUAGGCAAAAAUGUUAAGAGCAUUGUUUCCAUUAAAAUCAGUAACAAUGAAAAAUGGUUGUUUGCUUUGUGAUAAACUAUUAAUCCAAUUAAUCUUCCUUCAGUGAAGCAACUCAUUUGGACAAGCAGUUCUUUUACAAUGGUAAUUUCAAAAAGAAACUAAUAGAUCGCUAUUGGUAAAGAGGGGGUUGGAGCGGAUAGAAUACUGAGAGACCUUUUUAUUAAUUAAUUUAGGGUGCUGUUUAAUAUUGAGAGCCCAAUCUCUGCAUGAAUAAUGAGCUUGCAGGUUAGCAGAUAGAAAGGUGGAGAGAAGGAAUUGCAUUUAGUAAUGUAACGACUAUGCUCAAGCACCUCCUUCACUUUAUAAGGGGCCAUGCUCUCUGUUUUGGUGACAGUUUGGUAUUAUAAUCAUUUUUAAUUCUAGAAUUUUGUCCAUGGUUCUUUUUAAAGAAAUAAAGUCUUGGCACAUCUUAUUUACAUUACAA